AAAGUCUUCUCCGGGUACCAGUUCGUCCGCGGUCUCCCGGCUGGACGAGGAGGUCGUCCUUCCCGCAUCGCCCAUCGUGGUCGUAAUUUUUUUUUUUGGUUUCUUUCCUCGCGCAGUGAAACACAAAUUCAGCCAAGAUUGCAUCCUGGAUACACGGAGGGAUUGAGGCGGAAGGAGGCUGCUGCUGUCAGCCAUGGGGACGGCAAAGAUGAAACAUCUUUGGCCGUUGCUGACGUGGAUACUUCUAGCUUCGUAUCCGGUCGAAUCACGCAAAGGAUUCGGCCAUGGAUCGAGGCGAGAAGUAUUCUUCCUGAACCUCGAGGACGGCUACUUUGGCUGUCAAGUCAACGAGUCGACGGACGUCCUUCAGCUGCUCGAGCUUUCAAAGCUCUGUGACCAUCGCGUCGACUGCUACCAAGGCGUGGACGAGCAGCGCAACAGGUUAAAGUGCACAGACGAUUGUACAAAAGAAGACGGUACCAAAUGUCAAAACGGUGUCUGUCUGGAUUCGGUCUGUCACUGUAACGAUGGGUUUGGAGGAUGUAACUGUCAAGUUCCAGACGAGAACGAAUGUAAAUAUCGGCCCUGUGAUAUAUUUGCCCACUGUACAAAUACUCUUGGCAGCUUUCAAUGUUCCUGCUUUCCCGGAUACCGAGGCGAUGGCUUUCAUUGCGAGGAUAUCAACGAAUGCGACGAUCCAGCGAUCGCCAGGCGUUGUGUCGAGAAUGCCGAGUGUUGCAACCUACCCUCGAACUUCUUGUGCAAAUGCAAAUCCGGCUACAUCGGCGACGGGGAGGUGCAUUGCGAGGACGUGAACGAGUGCACGAUACCAGGUGCAUGCGGCGACAAUACCGUGUGCCAAAAUACACCCGGCAAUUAUACUUGCACAUGUCGAGACGGAUUCACGGGAGACCCGUUCAACAGUUGUAUCGAUAUUGACGAAUGCAAAUACGAGGGUGCCUGCGGAAGGGGUGCAUUAUGCGUGAAUGUACCAGGCGCGCACAAGUGCGAAUGUCCCAACGGAUAUGACGGAAGCCCCGAGGAGGAGUGCAGGGAUGUUGACGAGUGUCUGAGAAGUCCUUGUGGACGUUCCGCUCUCUGUACGAAUGUACAUGGUAGCUUCCGGUGUUCUUGCCCCGACGGAAUGGAUGGUGAUCCAAUGUCAGGUUGUCACGAUGUGAACGAGUGCGAGGAAAGUUCGCCCUGCGGCGCGGAGUCGGAAUGUGUAAACACCGAGGGUAGCUACGAAUGUAGAUGCCACGUCGGCUACCGGAUGGAUCCCGCGCACGGUUGCGUCGACGUGAACGAGUGCGUCGGCGGGGACGCUUGCGCGGCCAACGCGAGGUGCAUCAACGUCCCGGGCUCGUACAAGUGCAUCUGUCCCCCGGGUUUCGUCGGUCAGGGACUAACCCGCUGCGAAAACGUGAACGAAUGCGAGCGCAACCCUUGCGGCGAGAAUGCCGAGUGCAUCGACACGAUCGGCAGCUUUGUCUGUAGCUGCAAGACGGAUUACACCGGCGAUCCUUUCAAGGAGUGCAGUGACAUCAACGAGUGUACGGCUUUGGAGAAUCCUUGUGGUAGAAAUGCGAUUUGCAAGAACGAGGAGCCUGGUUACAAUUGCCUCUGCCCGCCGGGGUACAGUGCCAGCUCCAGCCCGGCAGUCGCGUGCGAUCAGACCGAUGUGACGACUCUCUGCAAAUCGAAUUUCGAUUGCGUCAACAAUGCCGAGUGCGUCGAGGGACAAUGCUUCUGCAAGGAUGGUUUCAAAGCCGUUGGUGCCGAAUGCGUGGAUCUCAACGAGUGCCUUACCAAUCCCUGUGGACCUGCGUCGAUCUGCACCAACACUCGAGGAAGCUACCAUUGCGAAUGCGAGUCUGGUUUUGUUGGCACUCCGCCCCAUAUACCGUGCAACGCACCAUGCGAUGAAGUAACUUGCGGUGAACAUGCCUUUUGCAAGGCCGACGGUCAUGAAGCUUAUUGCAUUUGCGAAGAUGGCUGGACCUUCAAUCCAAAUGAUAUAGCAGCUGGAUGUGUCGACAUAAAUGAAUGCGAUGCGAUAAAUGGACCUUCCGGAAGAUGCGGCAGAAAUGCCAUUUGCACGAAUACACCUGGUGGUUUUAGUUGCCAAUGUAAACUGGGAUAUUCAGGAAAUGCCUUCAAGCAGUGUAUAGAUGUUGACGAAUGUGCCAAGUCCGACGUUUGCGGGCACGGAGCAACGUGCACUAAUACUGAAGGUUCUUACGCUUGCACUUGUCCAGAAGAAACCAUACCGGAUCCCGAUCCUUACAUUAAAUGCGUCGGCAUAGUUAGAUGCGAAGUUGACGACGAUUGUCCAGGAAACGCUAUUUGUGAUCCACAAAAGAGAUGCUUGUGCCCCGAGCCUAAUGUCGGAAACGAUUGCAGACAUCCAUGCGAAGACCUGUCUUGUGGACCCAAUGCGCAUUGCAUGCUCUUAAAUGACGUGGCGACAUGCCUCUGCAGCAACGGCUACACCGGAAAGCCCGGAGUGAAGGGCGGUUGCCGUGACAUCGACGAGUGCGCGACAAACCCGUGCCCUCCGGGUGCAAUUUGCAACAACGAGCCUGGUUCCUUCUCGUGUCAGUGUCCGAGCGGCAUGACGGGCGAUCCUUACAGCGGCGGUUGCCAGGAAUCUAAAACACCUCACGUGUGUGGUCCCAGCGCGCCCUGCCCUGCUGGAGAACAGUGCAUCAAGGAUGAAUUUGUGGGUAGCAGCGUGUGCAUCUGCCAACGUGGUUAUACGCGCGACCACGAGACCGGCAAAUGUAGAGAUAUUAACGAGUGCAUGGAACUCAGAGAAAAGCCUGCCUGUGGUGUCAACGCAAUUUGUAAGAAUCUACCCGGCAGCUACGAGUGCCAGUGUCCACCAGGUUUCAAUGGAAAUCCCUUCUCGCUUUGUGAAGAAUGCAACAGCAUCGAAUGUCAAUGUCAACCUCCGUACAAGAUCGUCAACGGUAAAUGCAUGUUGGCCGGAUGCUCGAAGGGUGAAAAGUGUCCAAGUGGUGCCGAAUGCAUAACGAUUGCCGGUGGUGUCAGCUAUUGCGCCUGUCCCAAGGGAUACACGACCAAGUCCGAUGGCUCUUGCGAAGAUAUAAAUGAAUGUAUCGUGGGUCACCAAGUCUGCGGUUACGGUGCCGAGUGCAUCAAUCUACCAGGCUCCCAUCAAUGUGUGUGCCCACACGGAUACGGCGGCGAUCCCUACAACGGCCUCUGUUCCCCGGCACAGAAGAGAUGUACCAACGACCACGAAUGCAAGGCCAACGAAAAGUGUGUGCAACCUGGGGAGUGCGUGUGCCCACCGCCAUUCUACACGGAUCCUUUAGAUGGAAAUCUUUGCAAGAAUCCUUGCGAUCGUUUCCCGUGUGGUAUUAACGCAAAGUGCACCCCAAGUGACCCACCACGGUGCAUGUGCGAAGCUGGCUUCGAGGGUGAUCCACAGCACGGUUGUAUCGACGUGAACGAAUGCGGGAAUAAUCCUUGCGGACACGGUGCUUAUUGCAUCAACACGAAAGGGGAUCAUACGUGCGAGUGUCCUAAAGGUAUGAUUGGCGAUCCUUACGGUGUUGGCUGUACCGGAGCUCCGAUCGGCAAAAGCGAGUGUUCGUCAAAUGACGAUUGCGAGAACUACUUAUCGUGCGUCCAAGGAAGUUGUGUCAAUCCCUGUGACAACGUACCUUGUGGUCCUAACGCAUAUUGCGAGCCGGAUAAGCACGCAGCGUGGUGCAGAUGUGUGAUCGGGUUCACGGAAGGCAAGAACAACGAAUGCGUCUCGCAAUGCGACGGUUUUGUUUGCGGCACUGGGGCUCAAUGUAUCGUUAGCUACGACGGACCGACGUGUAAGUGCAUUGAAGGUUUCAUCGGCAAUCCUUUCCCUGGUGGACAAUGCGUUCCGGAUGUCUGCUCUCCUGAAACCCCGUGCGCCGAGCCGAGCGUGUGUAUCAGCGGACGUUGCAAACGGCGCUGCGAAGGAGUGAUUUGCGGCAUCGGAGCCAUGUGCGAUCCUUUAACGAAUAAAUGUGUGUGCAACCCAUACUUUGUGGGCAAUCCCGAUCUGCUUUGUAUGCCACCUAUUCAACCACCACACUGCGAUCCAUUCUGCGGGAAAAAUGCGCACUGCGAGUACGGGCUUCAGGAAUCAAAGUGUGUCUGCAAUCCGGGUACCAGCGGGAAUCCUUAUCACGGCUGCGGCGUUCAAGAGAAGUCCGAUUGUUCUACUGCAGUGUGCGGAAAAGAUGCGCACUGCAACGCGGGUCCCAACGCUAUCGAGUGUCUUUGUCCAUCUGGCUUCGCUGGCAAUCCAUACAUUCAAUGUUUCGAUAUUAAUGAGUGCAACGGGAACGCAUGCGGCAGCAAUGCGGUGUGCAUCAAUACCCUUGGAAGCUACGACUGCCGUUGCAAGGACGGCUUCUUCGGCAAUCCGUUCGUUGGAUGUCAGCAAGUGCAAGUGGGACCAUGCGCUGAUCCCUCGACCUGCGUUUGCAGCAACACUGUACCAUGCCCCUUCGACUACACCUGCGUCAAUCACAAGUGCAUAAAUCAGUGCAGCGACAUAAAAUGCGGUCCCAGAUCCGUCUGUCAGAAUGGAGUGUGCAUAUGUCCGCCUGGUUACAGCGGCAAUCCCAACGACCUGCACAAAGGUUGCCACUUGCACGGUCACUGCUCGAACGAUCUUGAGUGCGAGCCGCAGGAGAUCUGCUUCCAGAUCGGCAAAGGCGUCCGCAAGUGCGUAGAUGCGUGCAGCAAGCUGCAAUGCGGACCUAACGCGCUGUGCAUCACGCAGAAUCAUGUGUCUUCUUGUUUGUGCAUCGACGGUUACCAAGGUAAUCCGAGCAAUCUGGUCGAGGGUUGCCAGCCGUCCAAGUCCGUGAUAUCCGGAUGUGCACACGACUCGGAUUGUCCGCCAGGUUCCUUCUGCAUCACUCUGGAUGGCGGCGUGCGCGACUGCGUAAAUCCCUGCAGCAAGGUGGUGUGCGGCGCUUAUCAGAAAUGCGAACCCGAUGUCGUAUCUGGUCACGCCACUUGCAAGUGUCAGGAUGGUUAUGAGUGGAACCCGGUAUUGUCGUCCUGUGAGAAGCCGUCGGUGCCCGACUGUAUAAGCGACGACGAUUGCCGCUCGAGCGAGGGCUGCAGACCAGAUGCGCUCGGUGUGUUGAAGUGUACGUCGCUCUGCGACGGUUUCACUUGCACCGUGAAUUCACGCUGCGUGACGGAGAAUCAUCACGGCAGUUGCGAGUGUCUACCGGGUUAUACCGGCAAUCCCAAUGACCGUCGAGGAUGCCACAGUCCGCGCGAGAACCGUUGCUCCACGGACAGCGAAUGCGCGGAGGAUCAGACAUGUCGCGGCACUCCGGACGGUCCGCUCGCUUGCCAAUUGGUCUGCGACUUUGUCACCUGCGGUCCCAAUGCGCUCUGCGUCGUCAAUAACCACGUGGCGAACUGCGAAUGUCCACCCGGGCAGUACGCCGGCGAUCCGAACGAUUCGACGUCCGGGUGUCGUGCGGUGCCUUGUGUCUACAACAUCGACUGCCCGCCGGCGCAACUCUGCAAUCGACUUACGCACACCUGCUACGACGCCUGCGACGAGAAUGCGUGCGGCGUGAACGCGGUCUGCAUCGCGGACGACCAUAAAGCGAUCUGCCAAUGCCCCCCUGGACUUCGUCCGAACCCGGUGCCCGAUGUCGAAUGCGUCGCCGUGGAGGCAUGCCAUUCGGAUUCCUGCCAUCCCACCGCGCUUUGCGUCGCUGGUCCAACGAACAAUCCGGUGUGUCGAUGCCCGCCGAAUCAUGUGGGCGAUCCUUACGUGAACGGCUGCCAGCCGGAGGGCUAUUGCUCCAGCCCCAAGGAUUGUCCGGUGCAUUCCAUCUGCCAUGAGCACCGCUGCAUUAAUCCGUGCGAGAACGCGUGUGGUCCCAACGCGCUGUGCGAGAUCGUCAACGGUCAGCCAAGCUGCAAGUGCGUCCACAGGUUCGUGCCAUCCUCGAGGGGUCCGGAACACGGCUGCGUACGGGCUAGCAAUUACUGUCUGGUGGAUGCCGACUGCGUGGACAGCAUCUGUCUUGAUGGACAAUGCCGAGCUGUAUGUCGUUCAGUCGCUGAUUGUUCAGACGGAGAGAAAUGUAUUAAUAACAAGUGUAUGGUGUCGUGCAUUGCGCAUUCUCAAUGCUUAGUGGAUCAGGCAUGCGUUAGUAGAGGGUGCAUCCUUGGCUGCCGCAGUAAUAAAAAUUGCCCGCCUACGGAAUCGUGUAUUAACAACAAGUGUCAAGAUCCUUGCAGUAGGAAAGACGCGUGUGGACCAAAUGCGAUUUGCAGUUGCACGAAUCACGCGAUCACGUGCACGUGUCCUCUCGGCUUCCACGGUAAUCCUACCCCAGAGCAGGGUUGCGUUCGAGUGCCAAAUGCGUGCCACACUCCGCAAGAUUGUCCCAGCCAGCACGUAUGCGUCUCGGGAUUGUGUCAGUGCCAAUGUUCGGAACAGAACAAUUGCGCGCAGGGCGAGCGCUGUAAGAAUGGCAUUUGCGUGAAGAUAUGUUACGGCGAUAGUAAUUGUCUGCCCGGCGAAUUGUGUAUCGACGGCGCGUGCGAGGCGGGCUGUACCUCGGAUGUCGGCUGCAAACGCGACGAAGUGUGCAUUAACAGCAAGUGCAGAUGUAGCCACGGAUUUAUUGCCGGUCCCGAACAUUGUUUGGACAUUAACGAAUGCGAUGAUCAUCCGUGUCAUCCGAGUGCCGAGUGCAUUAAUCUCCAUGGAUCUUAUCGUUGUACAUGUCCUUCGGGUACCGCGGGCGAUCCCUUGGGAUUGGGCUGUGUGCUGCCUCAUCAAUGCAACGCGCACAGAGACUGCCUCGAUACUCAAGCCUGCGUCCAACACAACUGUUCGGAUCCAUGUUCUUUUGUCGACUGCGGCUUAAAUACUAUUUGUACCGUUCUGGAUCACGCGGCUGGUUGCCAAUGCCAGCCUGGUUACAUCGGCGAUGCCUCAGGAUGCUUCAAAGUAGAGUGCCUUUCCAACAGCGACUGCCCGACGGACAAAUAUUGCAAUCAAGAGAUAAACAAAUGCAGCAGUCCUUGCAAUCAAGUAAACUGCGGAUACGGUAAUUGCGUAGCCGUCGAUCAUGUUAGCGUGUGUAAAUGCUAUCCUGGCUUCGUCCUCGUCGGCGACACCUGCGCCGAUGUUAACGAAUGUUUGCUGCAAAAUCCUUGCCAUUCUUCAGCAAUAUGCCAGAACGCGGAAGGAUCGUUCGCCUGUGUUUGUCCGCAUGGUUUAGUAGGGGAUCCAUUCAAAACUGGUUGCAAGCAACCCGGCGACUGCUUCACAGAUUCAGAUUGUCCGAAUUCAGCCGCUUGCAUUGACAACAGAUGCACUAAUCCAUGCGACGCACCAGGCAUUUGCGGUAGAAACGCGCAAUGCCUUGCACGUGAUCAUGUUCCGAUCUGUAGAUGUCCUGGACAAACUACAGGAAAUCCAGCAACGGAAUGUAUUCAUCUGGAGUGCAACUAUCACAGCGAUUGUAGUCCAUCGGAUGCGUGCUUUAACCACAAGUGCGUCGAUCCUUGCUCGCUAUCUAAUGUUUGCGGACAUGGUGCUGAUUGUUCGUCGCUUAAUCACAGCGCGGUAUGCGCUUGUCAACCUGGUGGUACAGGUGAUCCGAAUCUUGGGUGCACUCCGCUCCAAUAUUGCAAGAGUGAUUCACAGUGUGCAACCGGUUCAGUGUGCAACGGAGGGAUAUGCACAGCGCUUUGUGGAAGUACGAGAGAUUGCAUCGGCGACCAACUCUGUAUCAAUGGUCUUUGUCAGCCCACCUGCAGAAGUAAUUCUAGUUGUCCAGAAUAUCAAUACUGCCAUAAUAACAUAUGUGUUCAAGAAUUACGUUGUACAUCCGACAACGAUUGCUCAUACGACGAAAAAUGUAUUAAGAAUAAUAUUGGACAGGCGGAGUGUCGUAAAGCUUGUGACGUAAUACUCUGCGGCCGUAACGCCGAAUGUAAGUCUGAUAAUCACGCCGCGACGUGUUCCUGUAAGCACGGUUUCUUCGGAAACGCUAAAGACGACAAAAUUGGCUGCCAACCUAUCGAAUGCGAGGUCAACGAUGACUGUACACAGGAGAAGAUUUGCGACUAUCACAGAUGCAGAAUCGCUUGUCUCGCGCACAAUCCCUGUGGCGUGAACGCCAUUUGCACAACAGAAAAACAUGUUCAGGUUUGCACGUGUCAACCUGGAUACACGGGAGAACCCACGCGUGCUUGCAAGCUGAUAGAUUUCUGCGCGAACGCACCCUGCGCACCGGGCGCAUUGUGCGAGAACACGCGAGGGCAUUUCAAGUGUCAUUGUCAACCUAGCACAGUUGGAGAUCCUUAUAACAGCGGCUGUCAACCACCGGUAGAAUGCCUUCAGGACGCGGACUGUCCACUAACUGCCAAAUGUGUCAACAUCAAUAACGUACCGAAAUGUUUCGAUACUUGCGCACGUAUCCGGUGUGGUCCAAAUGCAGAUUGUGUCGCGAGCAAUCAUGCCGCGAGUUGUCAAUGUCGUGCCGAUUAUGAAGGCGAUCCUAAUAAUUUGAGCGUGGGAUGUCGUCCGAGACCAGUGGCUUGCUCGUCACAAAUCGACUGUUUGGUCAAUACCUAUUGUUACGAGAGUAUUUGUCGACCAUCUUGCCAAUCAGAUGAGGAAUGUAACUUGUCCGAUGUUUGCUUGAACGGACAAUGCUUAGAUCCGUGUGAUGUGAGAGGGACCUGUGGCAUAAACGCCGAAUGCAAAGUGAGAAGUCACAUUAAACAGUGCAGCUGUCCACCAGGCUUCACCGGCAAUUCCGAAGUGGAAUGCGUAAGACUGCCAGUGUCCUGUCUCGGAAGCGGGGACUGUAGCGGAGGCAAUACCUGUCGUGAGAAUGUCUGUUUGCCGAUCUGUACCGUCGACGAUGAAUGCGCGUUGAAUGAAAAGUGCAUCUACGGCAAUUGCUUGCUGACCUGCCGACUGGACAACGACUGUUUCCUGGGUCACAUCUGCUUGAACAACAUGUGCUCGUUCGGCUGUCGUGCGGACGAGGACUGCAACGCGAAUGAGGCUUGCUUAGGGAACAAGUGCGUGAAUCCGUGCGAGGACGCUACGCCGUGCGGACCAAACGCCAAGUGCACCGUCUUCAACCAGCGUGCCACGUGUUCCUGUCCUACCGGCUUUAUACCAAAUCCGACCGCCAAAGUUGCGUGUCUGAGAACUCCCGGCCCAAUAUGCCAUUCGAAUCGGGACUGUGCCGUGGGCGCGGCUUGCAUCGCUGGCGUUUGCACACCUGUCUGCUCGUCCAGUGCGAACUGUUUGAGCAACGAGAGAUGCGACAGCUCCGGCAUUUGCAAGUCACUUUGCAGACGGGACGAAGAUUGCAGAAGCGGCGAGAUUUGCGAGGGGCUGAUGUGUAUUUCCGGUUGCCGGGCGGACAUUGAAUGCCAGGACAGUUACGCGUGUAUAAACAACCAGUGUAUAGAUGCGUGCUCGUUGGUCGGCGCCUGUGGUGUAAACGCCAAGUGCACAAUCGUCAAUCACCAAAAGAUAUGUACUUGUCCAUCGCCCUUGGUGGGAGAUGCUCGUAUCGGCUGCAAACAGACGUUCCUUCCUUGCUCAUCCGAACACGAAUGUUUACCGGGACAAACGUGUUACGGCAGAUCGUGCUAUUCCACGUGCAGAAGCGACGCGAAUUGCUUGAGCGACGAACGGUGCGACAGUGGCAUUUGUAAAGCGAUAUGCAACAGCGAUGACCACUGCCUCGCAAAUCAAAUAUGUCUCAAUCGCCUGUGUGAUAUUGGAUGUCGCAGUGACAACACAUGCCCAGGCGACGAGUCUUGUAUCAACAAUCAAUGCAGAAACCCAUGCGACGGUGGCAAAGCAUGUGGAGAAUGUGCCGGCUGUCGAGUAGUCAGUCACGUGGCACAAUGUAGUUGUCCCGCGAACUAUUACGGCAAUGCGUUAAUCAGUUGCGCCAAGACCAUGAUUCCCUGCGACGGCUCGUGCGAGUGCGACGAAAUCGGUUUCUGUACCACCAGCUGCCACCAUCAGAACGAUUGUUCUUGCGGCGAAGUCUGUCAUAGCGGCAAAUGUCGCAUCAAGUGCGAUAUCAACAGCGCAUGUCCAAAGGGAUACGUAUGCGAUGGAGGUUUGUGCCUCGUCGGCUGUCGCACCCACUCCGACUGUCCGUCAUCGCUGUCGUGCACAAAUGGCCAGUGCGAGAAUCCAUGUUCCGCCCAUGGAUCGCCUUGCGGAAUUAACGCACUCUGCCGCGUCUCGAGUCAUCGUGCGGUGUGUUUAUGUCCAGAAGGCUAUCAGGGUGAACCGAGCCAGGAGUGCUACCAAUUGGAAUGCCAUCACGACGACGAUUGCGAGCCGAACAAACGUUGCAGCGAAUACGGGGUUUGCACAAAUCCGUGCUUGCAGCACGGCGUCUGUGGUUUUAAUGCACAGUGCCGCGUGAUCAGUAGGAAGGCACAAUGCUCUUGCCCGCCGGGACACUUUGGCAAUCCGAAGAUCAACUGCAAGAAAGGCGGAGACGAAUGUUUACGAAGACCUUGCGGCAUUAACGCUAAAUGCCGAGAAACUCUAAAUGGUUUCGAAUGCACGUGCGAUCCAGGAUGUCAUGGCGAUCCGCAUCAGGUGUGUCUCUGCGACGGCGAUCUUUGCAAAGACACUCGUUGCGGUAUCAAUGCAGCCUGUCGAAUUUAUAAAAAUCAGCCGCAGUGUUAUUGCCCACCGAAUAAUCCAUCGGGCGAUCCAAUGCACGCAUGUAGCUCAGAUAGAGAUUUAGGAGACUGCCGAACGAAUGGAUGCGGGAAGAACGCCGAGUGCAUUAGAGACGGAGCUAUAUUCGUCUGCCGAUGUCCACCAGGUACAAGCGGUUCGCCAGAUAUCGAGUGUACAACAGAGCGCGAAUGCACCAGCGACUUAGAGUGCCCCAAUGAAAAAGCCUGCAUAAAUCUACAAUGUCUGGACCCGUGCGCGCUACGCGGUGCCUGUGGGAUCAAUGCCCUGUGCAGAGUGGUUCUGCACAAGCCGCGUUGCUCAUGCCCGCAGUGCUAUAUCGGUAUGCCUCACACGGCCUGCCAUCCAGAUUCCAAAUGCGACACGCUCAAUCCCAAACCUACGCCGAGCAUCGGUUGUUCCUCCGACUACGACUGUCCGGAGAGUCUCUCCUGCCACUCGCAGACAGGCGAGUGCCGCGAUCCGUGUUUGAGUUCUCGGUAUGCCUGCGAGGUCAACAAGAGGUGUCAGGUGCGGAAUCACAAACCUAUGUGCGUUUGCAAAUACGGCUUUGUAGUCAACGAAAUUGGGGAAUUGACCUGCGCGCCUGACACGCUCACCUGCUCGAGGGACUUCGAUUGUCCCUCGAACACCGCGUGCGUCAAUGGGAAGUGUCAAAAUCCCUGUAACGUACGAAACAAAAAACCGUGCCCGGCCGAUAAAAUCUGCGAUGUCCUGGACCACCGUCCCGUGUGCAUUUGCACCAAAAACUGCAAUCCCUCCCUCUCCAUUUGCCUGCGAGACAGUGGCUGCUCUCCAGACUUGGCGUGCCGCAACUAUCGCUGCGUGGACCCAUGCAGAAACUCCACCUGUCCGGCUGAUGCCCCCUGUUACGUGGAGGAGCACAAGCCUAUCUGCAAGUUCUGUCCCCCCGGCUUUGUGCCAGAUACUAAAUACGGAUGCAUGAAAGCAGUUCUUCAUCCCAUGCCCAAGCGAGUUUGCGAGUCCGAUGAUGAUUGCAGUGACGCAGAAGCCUGCGUCGAAAGCUCCUGCGUUGAUCCCUGUAUCAAUGGGUGUCAACUGGCAGUACAGUGUCGGGUUGAAGCGCGCAGGCCUAUUUGUGAUUGCGAUCCCAAUGACAAACGUUGUUCACCUGGUGGUACAACGACGUUGCAUUCUAUAGAUUUAGAUCACACUUUCGAGCCUGCUCUCACUACGUUACAAACAACAACGGGUGUUUCGCCAUCCACUACGGAGAUGUUAACCGUUGCAUACACGGAGGAAAGCACGAUUACUCUAACUGAUGUCACUGGAAAUUUAUUGGAAAAUAUUACUAUUACAGAAAGUACGACAAAUGAAUCAGAUACGACAAUUAUAUCGACGGAAAUUACUACCGAGUCCUCGGAACAUACAACGAUCGUAUCUUCGAUAUUAAAUACAACCGAAAUUAAUACUUCAAAUGAUACUUUAAUUUUGACAACAAACGUCGAUGUUUUAGAGAAUAAAACAUCUAGUUCUUUUACCACUUCAACGUUUGAAACUACUGAUUUUGAAGUUAAAACCACUUCAAUGGAAUAUACAACACCAGCACGUACUAUUACUUCCGAAAUUGAACAAACUAGUACUGCAAUUAUAUAUAAUACAGAAGAGACUGUUACAGAAAAUGUGUCUUCUACUGUAACUGAGACAACAAAGAGCGAAUUUGAAUUUGGCUAUGGAGAAAAUGUUACAACAACCGAAAUAACUGGAACGACUGUCUUUCAAAAUGUCACUGCCAUUUCUCCAAUUACAUUCAACUAUACCGAGAUUACUGAUGUUACUGUAUCUGAUAUGAGCACUGAAAUAAUGAUUUCUAAGCCAACGGAAGCAAGUAGCGUUAUUGAAGUUCCUGAGAAUAUAACUACAGUUCCUACCACAAACGUUCCUAAUGUAAGUGGUGAAGAAACCUCCACAAUAGCAACAACUACACAAUCUUUUACUACGCAAUAUUCUACUACCACAGAAUUAACAGUAAACCCGUUACAAGAAAUUACUGAAUCACAUAUAGAAAGUACCACUAGCGCAAUGACUACUACAUUUUUUACGCAAGUAAAUCACAUGAUGUCAUCCCCGAAUAUCUUAGAGCACACCGAAAUAUCUACAGUAAAUAUUGAACAUGAUACUGCCAAAGAAAUUACACAAAAAUGGAGCACUACCGAAACUAGUUCCUUUGUUACAACUGAGCCUUAUGUAAAAGACACUACUCCAUUUUCUACAAUUACAUUUGAGUCUCCUACGACAAAUGUUGAUGUUAGCAUUUCUCAUAAAGACACUGAUAUUUCUACAACAGAACAAUCUACCACUGAAUACGUCACAUCUCACUUUACUACGGAGGAAUAUUCGACAGAACAAUAUACUACAACUGAAAAACCUACGGAACAGAUCUCUACUACAGAAUAUUAUAGCACGUCGGAACAUAUUACGGAGGAACAUUUUACUACAGAACAACCUGAGACAUCAGAACAAUAUACUACAUUUGCACAAUCUACCGAACAAAUCUCUACAGAGCAAUACAACACGUCUGAGUAUUUUACAGAAAAAUAUUCCACAUCGCAACAGCCCACAGAACAAUACAUUACUUCGAAACAGUAUAACGCAACUGAAGAGUCUACGGAACAAAUCUUUACUACAGAGUAUUAUAGCACAUCUGAAUAUUAUACGGAAGCGCAUUCCACUACAGAACGAUAUGAGACAUCAGAGCAAACAGAACAAUACACUACAUUUGUUCCAUCUACGGAACAAAUUUCCACUACGAGGCAAUACAGCACACCUGAGUAUUCUACAGAAGUAUCUUUCACAACAGAAUCAUUUACUACGUCACAAGAACCAACAGAACAAAUCUCUACUACAGAACAACACAGCACAUUUGAAUAUCCGCCUGAACAAUUUACCACAUCUAUGCAGCCAACACAACAAUAUAGUACAACCGAAUACUCCACAGAAAAAUAUUCUACCACAGAGCAACUUACUACAUCCGAAAAAUCCACAGAGCAUUAUCUAACUACAGAAUAUUAUACGACUUCUGAAAUUAUCCUGCAGAAUAAAACAGAUAUGUUUUGUACCUUAUCUACAGAUUGUACAGAAUGCGAAACUUGCAUCGAUGGUUUUUGUCGGAAUCCAUGCAAAACUGACAACUCGUGUCCAGAGAAUGUUUUAUGCGACGUUGUAAAUCAUCGGCCUGUGUGCUUAGACUCAAGUACCGAGCAGAGUACGUCUAACUGUAGCGUACUCCCAGACGUGAAAUGUACAACGCACAACGACUGUCCCAUCCAAUUGGCUUGUGUAAAUCAUCAAUGCGUGAAUCCUUGCACUUUGGGUAAUCCAUGCGAUUUCGUCGAAGAUUGCCAUGUACAGUAUCAUAGACCGGUCUGCGUUAAAGUGGAAACUAACGAAGCGGAAUGUCCUUAUUGCCCGCCUGGUCUGCUAUGCGACCCGUCGACGAACACUUGCAUCAAAGCGGGUUGCACUAGCAACAGGGAUUGCCCUCUGACAGAAGCGUGCAUCGGGCACACUUGCCAAGAACCGUGCCUAGUACGGAAUCCCUGUGCGGAACACGCUGUUUGUAUUAAUACAAAUCACGGAGCGGACUGCAGUUGUGAAGAAGGCUAUCACGGAAAUGGAUUCUCUUAUUGCGAUUUGCUGGAAGAAACGAAGAAUAUUUGCCAAUAUAACGAAGAUUGUCCUCCGAACAAAUAUUGCGAUCGACUUAACAGACAGUGCAUCAAUCCCUGCGUCGAGUUUGAUUGCGGAGAUAAUGCGAAGUGCGUCUCCAGUAAUUAUCAAGCGCAGUGUAUAUGCCUUCCAGGGUAUCAAGGCAAUCCUCAUGUUGGCUGUCAAGAGAUAGUGACAACUGUCGAUCCUUGCGUUCCAAAUCCGUGCGGUUUGAACGCUUUAUGCGAGAAUGACAAUGGAAAUCCCGUCUGUUUCUGUCCGAAAGGUCUAACCGGAAGUCCGUUCGAUAAAUGCAUUCCCGAAGGUGAUCAAUGCGAAGGUAAUCCUUGCGGCGCCAAUUCAGGAUGUCGGGUGGUGAAUGGACAGGUGAAGUGCUUCUGUCUACCAGGAUAUGAAGGUGAUCCACCACAUUUCCCCUGUACACUUCCUAGUACCUCCUGCGAUCCUUCUCCAUGCGGACCCAAUACACGCUGCUCCGUGUUGGACAAUGGCUUCGCGAAGUGUACCUGUCUAUCUGGAUACAUUGAAAGUCCUAAUACUAUUAGAGGAUGUGUGCCGAAAGCCGACCAGUGCGAAUUUAAUCCGUGUGGCUAUGGGGCGAGAUGCAAUAGCACGAGAGUACCGCCUUGUUACUGCCCAGAUCUCACGAUCGGAAAUCCAUAUAAGAGUUGCGGAGCACGACCAACGGAACCAUACGAUCCUUGUCUAUUAUCACCAUGUGGCAAAAACGCUAUUUGCACAGCGAUCGAUGGCAUAGCCAAAUGCACAUGCAUACCGCCAUUUGUUGGCAAUCCAUAUAUAGACGGUUGCGAAGCUGAGUGCAUCAUUAAUCGGGAUUGCGAAAGUCAUCUAGCUUGUUUCAAUCAGCAUUGCAGAGAUCCAUGCCCAGGCGUGUGCGGUGGUAAUGCGCAUUGCGAAGUCGUCGAUCAUCUUCCGAUGUGUUCUUGUUUGCCAGGAUAUACCGGAGAUCCGUUCAGAGCCUGCAAAGUAGAGAGACCUUUAGUGCCAGACCAGAAUCCGUGUAUGCCAUCGCCAUGCGGUCCACACAGUAUCUGUCGCGUAAUGAACGAUCGUGCAGUUUGCUCGUGCAGUCCGGGUUAUCAAGGCACUCCGCCGUAUUGUCGUCCGGAGUGUCUCGUCAGCACGGAAUGCCCUGCUCAUCUGGCUUGCAUUAAUCAAAAGUGUAAUGAUCCUUGCCCAGAACUGUGUGGUUUGAACGCUGAUUGCCAGGUCAUCAAUCACAACCCGAUUUGCAGUUGUCCUCGCCAUUAUGUUGGCGAUCCAUUCACACAUUGUGUCAAGGAAGAACCUUUACCGCCAACAACAAAUCCUUGUUUGCCAUCGCCUUGCGGGCCUAAUGCUGAUUGUCGCGUCCAAGAGGAUCAUCCGAUAUGCACGUGCAUCAGUGGUAUGUUCGGAGCACCGCCGAAUUGUAGGCCAGAAUGUGUGAUCGAUCAGGACUGCAUUAGCUCUUUGGCUUGCAUUCAAAAGAAAUGUUUGGAUCCAUGCGUUGGAUCGUGCGGAUUUAACACGAACUGUACGGUGCUGAAUCAUCGACCUAUCUGUCAUUGUUACGAAGGCUACGAAGGAGAUCCUUUCUCAGGCUGCGCCAAAGCUGUUUUCCCAGUGCAAUUGCCAUGCGAUCCUUCGCCAUGCGGUACGAAUGCCGUGUGUAAAGAGCGUAAUGGCGCGGGAUCGUGCACUUGUUUGCCCGAUUAUACUGGCGAUCCCUACGAGGGCUGCAGACCGGAAUGCGUUCAGAAUUCGGAUUGCGCUCACACGAAAGCUUGCAUUAACAACAAGUGCAAGGAUCCGUGCGUGGGGGCGUGUGGAAUUAACGCGGAAUGCCAAGUUUAUAAUCAUCAACCAUCCUGCAGUUGCUUCUCUGGUUAUACCGGAGAUCCACUUACGUCUUGCCACAUACCAUUAAAGCCUUCAAUACCGGGCGACACAUGCCAACCAUCUCCUUGUGGCCCGUAUAGCAAUUGCCGCGUUAUCGAUAAUCACGCGGUAUGUUCCUGUCAACCUAAUUACAUCGGCAGUCCACCAUCAUGCCGGCCAGAAUGCGUAGUCAGUACGGACUGUAGUCCGAACACGGCGUGUAUCAAUCAAAGGUGCAAGGAUCCAUGUAUAGGCACGUGCGGUGUAAAUGCGGACUGCCGGGUAAUCAAUCAUAAUCCAGUCUGCAUCUGCGCGAUUGGCUAUAGCGGGGAUCCAUUCUUCGGUUGCGUUAAGGAAGAAGUAAAACUGAUUCCGGAACCGAGCGGUAAUCCUUGCAUUCCCUCGCCAUGCGGACCGAAUUCCCAAUGUCGGGUAAUCGACGGCUUCCCGGCAUGCUCAUGUUUACCGAAUUACGUGGGCCGCGCACCAAAUUGCCGUCCCGAGUGUGUCAUAAACGAAGGAUGCCCUGGAAAUUUGGCAUGCCAGAACGAACAGUGUGUGGACCCGUGUCCAGGAUCUUGCGGCGUCAACACAUAUUGCAAUGUCGUAAAGCACAAUCCCGUCUGCAUCUGCAACGGCGGUUUCACGGGCAAUCCGUUCACGGAGUGUAUACUCAUUGUAGAAGCUCCCAGUACGACGGAGCAACCACGCAGCCCAUGCAAUCCGUCUCCGUGCGGCGCCAACGCAGUGUGCAACGAACGAAACGGCGUUGGAUCCUGCACGUGCCUGCCGCAAUACUUUGGCGAUCCGUACAUCGCCUGCAGACCCGAAUGCGUGACCAACGCCGAUUGCGACCGCAGCAAAGCCUGUCUGAACAACAAAUGCGUCAAUCCGUGCCCCGGCACGUGCGGCCAGGACGCCACUUGCCGCGUGGUCAAUCAUGCUCCGAUGUGCUCCUGCUUGCCGGGUUAUACCGGAGAUCCGGUGAACGGCUGUAGCCUCAUCGUUGUAACACCGUUGCCCGUGCCGAUCGAUCCCUGCGAUCCGUCACCGUGUGGACCCAACAGCAAUUGUAGAACGCACGACGGACAUGCGGUGUGCCUCUGUCAGCCAGGAUUCUCCGGAGUCCCGCCGACCUGCCGACCGGGUUGCAUUGUCAGCUCUGAAUGUCCGCAGAACAGGGCGUGCAUCAAUAACAAGUGCGCGGACCCGUGUCCAGGUUCUUGCGGACAGAACACGAAUUGCCUUACGGUGAAUCACAAUCCGAUUUGCAGCUGCGCCACCGGCUACUCCGGCGAUCCAUUUGUUCAUUGCACCAGAAUCAGCACCCCGCCGCCGGUGCCGAAAGGGGAAGAAGAUCCCUGCUUGCCGAAUCCGUGCGGCCCGAACUCGCAGUGCAGAGUGAUCGGCUCGCAUCCAGCAUGUUCCUGCUUGCAAAACUACAUCGGCCGGCCACCGAACUGCAGACCGGAAUGUACCGACAAUUCGGAAUGCUUUAACACCGCAGCGUGCAUCAAUCAGAGAUGUAAGAAUCCCUGUCCUGGUGCUUGCGGCGAAAUUGCCAGGUGCACAGUGCAGAAUCACGUUCCGAUUUGCACUUGUCCGGAAGGAUAUGAAGGCGAUCCCACUGUGCGCUGCGUCCCAGCGUCUCCGGCGACAGAGAGGACUCCGAAUCCGUGCUCGCCGAAUCCUUGCGGUCCCAACGCGCAAUGUCGCGAAAGGAACGGAGCAGGUGCUUGCGGAUGUCCACCAGACCUAAUAGGUGAUCCUUACGAUAUCAUCAGGGGAUGUCACAGGGAGUGCGAAACGAACAAUGACUGCGCACCACAGUUGGCAUGUGUUAGCUUCAAAUGCCAAGAUCCGUGUCCAAACACGUGUGGAACGUUAUCUAUCUGUAAUGUACAAGCGCACGUUCCUGUCUGUGUAUGUCCACCAGGAUAUACCGGAGAUCCGUAUUUCGCUUGCGAAAUCAAGGAGAUGAUAAAAACAGUAGAACCAUGCUCUCCAUCACCUUGUGGACCUAAUAGUAAAUGCCGAGUUGUCAACGGUCAGGCUGUAUGCACCUGUUUACCAGAGUACAGAGGCAUUCCACCAUCGUGCAGGCCAGAAUGUAUUGUUAAUGCCGAGUGUCCACCUCAUCUAGCAUGUAUAAAUAAGAAAUGCGCAGAUCCUUGCCCGAAUACCUGUGGAUUGAGGGCGCAAUGUAUAACUAAAAACCACAAUCCAAUUUGCACUUGUCCUGCCGGUUUCACAGGAGAUCCUUUCACUUUCUGCUCGCCACAUAUUCCUACAGUUAUCCCGACUGAGCGACCGCCGUCUUGCACUCCAUCACCUUGCGGUCCAAAUUCCUUGUGUCAAAUAAUAUCUGGCAAUCCUGCUUGCUCCUGCAUGCCAAAUUACAUUGGCGUACCGCCGCAGUGCCGACCAGAAUGCAUCUUAAGCUCCGAAUGCAAGAGCAACCUCGCAUGUGUCAAUCAGAAAUGUGCGGAUCCGUGCCCAGGCUCGUGCGGAAUAAACGCUCAAUGUCACGUAUUAAAUCAUCUGCCAGUUUGCACGUGCAUGGAAGGUUUCACCGGAGAUCCAUUUACACAAUGCAGCAUUAUUCCACCAGUUACAGAACAACCAUCCAUUGACCCUUGCGCUCUAUCCCCGUGUGGUCCGAACGCCGUAUGCGACAAUGGCGAAUGUAGAUGUUUGCCCGAGUAUAUCGGUAAUCCGUACGAGGCCUGUCGUCCCGAAUGCAUACUUAAUUCGGAAUGUGCCCGCGACAAAACUUGCCUAAAGAACAAAUGCAAGGAUCCUUGUCCUGGAAUAUGCGGUCAAAACGCGCGAUGCGACGUAGUGAAUCAUAUUCCUGUCUGCUCCUGUCCAUCCGGAUAUAUUGGCGAUCCGUUCGUUAAUUGCCGUGUUCAACCUAGAGUGCCGGAAUCUCGAGAGGAUCCGUGCACGCCCUCGCCCUGCGGACCGAACAGUCAAUGUCGCAAUAUCGAAGAUCACGCUGUAUGCUCUUGUCUUCGAGGCUACCUUGGUUCCCCACCAUCCUGCCGACCAGAGUGCCUCGUUAGCUCCGAAUGUCCGCCAACGCGAGCCUGCGUAAACAAGAAGUGCACAGAUCCAUGCCUGGGCUCCUGCGGCCUGAAUGCGAGAUGUGAAGUGAUCAACCACUCGCCGAUAUGCAGUUGUCUACCCGGACAGACUGGAGAUCCGUUCAGGAGUUGUUACGAUAUUCCACUACCACCGGAGCCUAAGGAUCAGGGUGAUCCUUGCAAUCCUUCGCCAUGCGGACCAAAUGCGCUUUGUCAGAACGCAAAUGGACAACCAUCAUGUUCAUGUCUGCCCACGUACAUCGGCACUCCACCCUCAUGUCGGCCGGAGUGUUUGAUCAAUCCUGAUUGUCCCCCGCAAAAAUCCUGCAUAAACAUGAAAUGCAAGGAUCCCUGCCCGGGAUCCUGCGGGGAUAAUGCUGAGUGCAAAGUGGUCAAUCACGCAGUGACUUGUUCGUGUAAGAUUGGCUACGCUGGUAAUCCGUUCGUGCAAUGCGUGCUAGAAGAGGAACCGAUGAAUCCGUGCGAACCUUCGCCAUGUGGCUCCAACGCGAUCUGUCAGCAACGGGAUAACGCUGGCGCUUGUAUAUGUAUCGAUGACUACCAAGGAAAUCCUUACGAAGGCUGUCAACCGGAAUGCGUCCUCAGCGCGGAUUGCCCUACGAACAAGGCUUGCGUUCGCAACAAAUGCAAGGAUCCUUGUCCAGGGGUGUGCGGCGUUCGAGCGCAGUGUUCAGUGAUCAAUCACAUUCCUACGUGCACCUGCGAGCCGGGAUACAUCGGAGAUCCAUUUACGAUUUGCACCCUUCAACCGGAAGCGGGUACUGAACCCACCGUCAGGGAUCCAUGCUCGCCCUCACCCUGCGGACCGAACAGCUUAUGCCGCGCUGUAAACAAUCAAGCCGUGUGCACGUGUCAAGAGUCUUUCGUAGGCGUCCCGCCGAAUUGCAAGCCGGAAUGUGUCGUCAAUUCGGAGUGUCCGCAAAAUAGAGCAUGCUACAAGUAUAAAUGUGUCGAUCCGUGCCCCGGUACGUGUGGAAUCGAAGCCAAUUGCCGUGUUAUCAAUCAUAAUCCACUCUGCAGUUGUCCACAAGGAAAGACGGGCGACCCCUUCUCUAGAUGUUUCCCUGAACCCGUUGUACCACUACCGCCUGUGGACCCUUGUUUCCCUAGCCCAUGUGGGCUCUACGCAGAGUGCAAAGUAGUCAACGAUCAGGCCGCGUGCACUUGUUUGAAAAAUUACAUAGGAAUACCACCCAACUGCCGCGCAGAGUGCGUAGUUAACACAGAUUGCCCAUCGGAUCAAGCUUGCAUCUCGGAAAAAUGUCGCGAUCCCUGCAUUGGCUCCUGCGGUCAGAAUGCUGAUUGUCGAGUACAGAACCACAUACCAGUGUGCUUGUGUCAACCUGGAUAUUCCGGCGAUCCUUUCUCCUUGUGCACAGUAAUUCAAGAACAACCAAAGGUUCCCGAAGAUUUGUGCAAUCCGUCACCAUGCGGACCCAACGCGGAAUGCAACGAAGGUGUGUGCAGAUGCUUGCCUAACUACUUCGGGGAUCCGUACUCAUAUUGUCGGCCGGAAUGCACAAUGAAUUCAGAUUGUCCUCGCAUCAAAGCUUGCAUCAAUCAAAACUGCGUGGAUCCUUGCCCAGGCACGUGCGGUCGUGAUGCACGUUGCGACGUUGUCAAUCACGUCCCAAUGUGCAGCUGUCCGCCUGGUUACACCGGAAAUCCGUUCCUUCUGUGUCGACCACACGUACCGGAAAAAACAAUUAAGCCUUGCACACCUUCACCUUGUGGACCAAACAGCAUCUGCAAAGUCGUGAGCGAUCAUGCUGUAUGUUCGUGUCAGCCUGGUUUAAUUGGUAGUCCACCCGCUUGCAGACCAGAAUGCGUCGUCAGCGCGGACUGUCCAUUGACACAAGCGUGUUUGAAUAAUAAAUGCCAAAAUCCAUGUCCAGGCACGUGCGGACAGAAUACGAACUGUCAAGUGGUCAAUCAUAAUCCUAUAUGCAGCUGCUCUGAGUCUUUCACAGGCGAUCCUUUCACCAUAUGUUAUCCGCAACCAAAAACACCACCUACGCCGAUAAACCCGUGUUUGCCAUCGCCUUGCGGACCGAACGCAGAGUGUCAAGUGAGAGGUGACAGUCCUGCGUGCUCCUGUAUUGAAAAUUACGUCGGUUUACCACCGAAUUGUCGACCGGAGUGCACGAUUAAUCCGGAGUGUCCGCCGCAGUUAGCGUGCAUGCAACAAAAAUGUCGCGAUCCGUGUGUCGGUCUGUGCGGUUUGAACGCUCAGUGCUCGGUAGUGAAUCAUCAUGCGGUUUGUGCGUGCAUCGCCGGAUACACCGGAAAUCCAUUCAGCGCUUGCGAACGAGUACCCGAGGACAUUAGAAAACCAUGCGAGCCUUCCCCUUGUGGUCUCAAUGCCGUCUGCCGCGAGAACAAUGGCGUUGGUUCGUGCACCUGUCCGCCGGACUACAUAGGUGACCCCUACCAAGAAUGCAGACCCGAGUGCACGCAAAAUUCUGACUGUUUGACAAGAAUGGCGUGCGUGGGCCUGAAAUGCAGAGACCCUUGCCCAGGAACAUGCGGCGUGAAUGCUCAAUGCCAAUCCGUUAAUCAUCUACCGAUUUGUACUUGCAUUUCCGGUUAUACUGGCAAUCCCUUCACGCUCUGUUCCCCGAUAGUUGAAACCCUCCUGCCAGAAACAAACCCGUGCAGUCCAUCCCCUUGUGGACCAAAUAGUAAAUGCCGAGAUGUAAAUGGUGUUGCCGUUUGCACUUGUCUCCCGAAUUUUAUUGGCAGUCCUCCAAACUGUCGAGCUGAAUGCGUGGUGAACAGCCAAUGCUCUCCGGAUCUUACUUGCAUCAAUCAGAAGUGUAUAUCGCCUUGCCCGAAUCCGUGUGGAAUAAACACACAAUGCAAAGUGAUCAGUCACAGUCCCAUCUGCGUCUGCAACCUCGGUUAUACCGGGGACCCUUUUACGAGAUGUUUCCCCGCCCCACCACCGAUAGAUUUUCCCGUAGCCCCUAAAGAUCCGUGCUUACCGUCUCCAUGCGGUGUGUACGCGGAAUGUAGGAAUAUUGGUGGCACACCGUCGUGCUCUUGUCUAUCGACCUACAGAGGAUCACCACCGAAUUGUCGCCCCGAAUGCCGUGUGAAUUCCGAAUGCCCGAUGAAUCUUGCCUGUAGCAAUGAAAGAUGCAGAGAUCCCUGUUUAGGCUCUUGCAGUAUCACUUCAUUAUGCACAGUUUAUAAUCACGCACCUAUGUGCACAUGUCCUGAGGGAUAUAUCGGUGAUCCCUUCAGUAAUUGUUAUCCCAGACCGACAACGGCACCUGCAGUAAUCGACCCUUGUAAUUUGAACCCUUGUGGACCGAAUGCACGAUGCAACAAUGGCAUUUGCAUAUGUCUGCCCGAAUAUCAAGGCGACCCUUACGUAGGUUGCCGUCCCGAGUGUGUCAUGAAUAUUGAUUGCGCCCACGAUCGUGCGUGCGUGCGCAACAAGUGUGUGGAUCCCUGCCCGGGCACGUGCGGUCGAAAUGCAUUGUGUUCCGUAUAUAAUCAUGUACCUAUGUGCACCUGUCCGGUCGGAAUGGCCGGCAAUGCUUUCGUUCAAUGUUCCAUAAUUGAAGAUAUCCCGAAGGGAGAUCCCUGCUCACCCUCGCCCUGUGGACCGAACAGUGUUUGCCGAGAAAACAACGGGCAACCUGUGUGCUCAUGUGUGGCGGGAUUUCUUGGUAUACCGCCAGCAUGCAGGCCAGAAUGCACUGUCAGUUCCGAGUGCCUUCUGACACAAGCGUGUAGCAAUCAAAAAUGCAUAAAUCCCUGUCUCGGUGCAUGCGGAAUUCAAGCCACUUGUCAAGUGAUCAAUCAUAAUCCCAUAUGUAGCUGCGGAGUACUAACCGGAGACCCAUUCAUUCGGUGUAUUCCACGACCACCUGAACCGGUAUUGCAAACAAAUCCCUGUGUGCCAUCUCCUUGUGGAGCAAAUUCCGAGUGUCGGGUUGUAGGCGAUGCUCCCUCAUGUUCGUGUCUAGAUGGAUUCCUUGGUUCGCCACCGUAUUGUAGACCCGAAUGCAUUAGCAACAGUGAAUGUCCUGCUCAUUUGGCGUGUAUGAAUCAGAAAUGUAGAGAUCCUUGCGAAGGCUCCUGCGGGGCUAAUGCCGAAUGUCGUGUGGUGAGCCAUACACCCAUGUGCGUUUGUCCUAGCGAUCUCACCGGCGAUCCAUUCACACAAUGUACUAUGAAACCACCCACACCAGUCCCACAAUCGCCCUGUAAACCGUCACCUUGUGGCUUUAAUGCCAUUUGCAAGGAACAGUUUGGUGCUGGAUCUUGUUCUUGUUUACCAGAUUAUAUCGGCAAUCCUUAUGAAGGAUGUCGACCAGAAUGCGUGGUUGAUACAGAUUGCAUAUCUACUCUUGCUUGCGUGCAAUCAAAAUGUAGAGAUCCAUGUCCCGGUGUCUGCGGACAAUUUGCCGAAUGUCAAGUAAUCAAUCAUCGACCAUCUUGCACAUGUAUUUCUGGUUAUAGCGGCAAUCCCUUCCAAUACUGUACUUUAAUACGUAAAAUCGUCGAUACUCCGAGGGAUGUUUGUAAUCCGUCGCCUUGUGGACCCAACAGCCAAUGUCGUGUUAAUAACAAUCAAGCAGUCUGUUCUUGCCUACCGAUUUUCAUCGGUAAUCCACCCGCGUGUCGUCCUGAAUGCGUGACAAGCUCGGAUUGCCCACUCAAUCUCGCUUGCUUGAAUCAAAAGUGUCAAGAUCCUUGCCCUGGUUCCUGCGGCAGAAAUUCGAAUUGUAGAGUUAUCAAACAUAAUCCGAUUUGCUCUUGCAAGAACGGUUUUACCGGCGAUCCAUUUACUGUUUGCUUCCAGACACCUGUGAGUCCGCCUAUUGUAAGUGACAUAAGAGACCCAUGCGUACCGUCACCUUGUGGCACAUUUGCCGAAUGUCGCGAUAUAGGAGGAGUGCCAUCGUGUUCUUGUUUACCAACGUACAGAGGCAGUCCGCCAAAUUGUAAACCAGAAUGCACGAUCAAUGCAGAGUGUCCAGCUAAUAUGGCUUGCAUGCAGCAAAGAUGUAGAGAUCCCUGUCCAGGCUCGUGUGGCAUUAUGGCCGAAUGCAGUGUCGUAAAUCACGUGCCAAUUUGUUCAUGUUUGCCUGAUUACACCGGUGACCCUUUCAUUGGAUGUUCCAUAAAGCCACUCGUUGUUGCCCCCUCUAAACCGGAUCCGUGCACACCUUCGCCUUGCGGAGCCAAUACGCAAUGCAAUGGAGGAAUAUGCGUUUGCAUAGCAGAAUAUUUCGGCGAUCCUUACAGCGGUUGCCGGCCGGAAUGCGUAUUGAAUAACGAUUGCCCAAAUACGCAAGCAUGCGUGCGAAAUAAAUGCGUGGAUCCCUGUCCAGGUGUUUGUGGCCAAAAUGCUAUGUGCAAUGUGUACAAUCACGUUCCUAUGUGUAGUUGUCCCUCGGGAAUGGAAGGAAAUGCUUUCGUCUUGUGUUCUCCCGUGCCAGCGCCACCCAUUAGCAACCCAUGUAAUCCAUCUCCGUGUGGUCCGAACAGUCAAUGCCGACAAAAUAAUAUGCAGGCUGUAUGUAGUUGCAUAAGUGGAUUUGUCGGCGCGCCUCCGACUUGUAGGCCCGAAUGUGUAAUUAGCUCAGAUUGCCCGAAGAAUGAGGCGUGUACCAAUCAAAGAUGUCGAGAUCCUUGUCCGGGAAGUUGCGGGCGCAACACAAUUUGCAACGUCAUUAAUCACAAUCCUGUCUGCGUCUGCCGUUCCGGGAUGACUGGCGAUCCGUUUAUUAAUUGUUUCCCCCUUUCUGAGGAACCGUUACCUGUGCUUAAUCCCUGUCAACCAUCGCCUUGUGGACCAAACGCGCAAUGCCAAGUGAUCAAUGAUCAACCCUCUUGCUCGUGCUUGCAAGAAUUUAUCGGAUCACCCCCGAACUGUCGGUACGAGUGUAUCAGCAAUAGCGAAUGCUCGAAUAAAAUGGCUUGCAUUAACCAAAAAUGUCGCGAUCCGUGCAUCAACGCAUGCGGCGUCAAUGCCGUUUGUAAUGUCGUUAGUCACACGCCGAUGUGCGCGUGCACCCCUGGUUACACUGGCGAUCCGUUUACGCAGUGUUCUCCCCAACAGAUCGAUAUACAGCCUAGCGUAUCUACGCCAUGCAUACCGUCUCCGUGUGGUGCAAAUGCAGUAUGUAGAGUUCAGCAAAAUGCUGGUUCUUGUUCGUGCUCGUCCGAUUAUAUCGGCAACCCUUACGAAGGGUGCAGACCUGAGUGUACGCUCAAUUCCGAUUGCCCGUCCAAUCAGGCGUGUAUCGGUUUGAAAUGCAAAGAUCCGUGUCCAGGAACGUGCGGCCAAAACGCGCAAUGCUAUGUGAUUAAUCAUGCGCCAACUUGCACUUGUUUCGAGCGGUACACGGGAAAUCCAUUCAUAUUCUGCAGUCUUAUCGUCGAAGCCCCGAUUAUAGCAGAUAAUCCCUGUCAACCAUCUCCUUGCGGGCCAUAUAGUCAGUGCAGAGCAAGCAAUGGCCAAGCUGUUUGCUCUUGUUUGCCGACUUAUAUCGGCGCACCACCCGGUUGUAGACCCGAAUGCACAGUUAGCACGGACUGCGCGACGAAUCGCGCUUGCGAGAAUAAUAAGUGUGUUGAUCCUUGUCCCAACUCGUGCGGUCAGGGCACGACGUGUAGAGUCGUGAACCAUAGUCCAAUAUGUAUGUGCAAACCAGGAUUCAGCGGUGAUCCAUUCAUCCGCUGCUUAUUCGUACCACCUACUCCGAGCUACUUACCGAGUCUACCCUCGGAUCCUUGUAUACCCUCACCGUGUGGACCCAACGCGCAAUGUCGCAACAUCAAUGGUUAUUCAUCUUGUUCUUGUAUGAUUAAUUACAUUGGUACACCACCAAAUUGUCGUCCCGAAUGCGUUAUUCCUGCCGAUUGUCCGAGCAAUCAGGCUUGUAUUCGCGAGAGAUGUCAAGAUCCCUGUCCAGGUUCUUGCGGCCUGAAUGCCGAUUGUACUGUUCACAAUCACAUUCCAAUCUGCAGAUGUAUAGAAAGUUAUACUGGCGAUCCAUUUACUGGAUGUCAGCCUAUGCCAAUCUACAACGAGCCAACGCAGCCAAUUGAUCCAUGCAGUAGCUCACCCUGUGGACCAAACGCUCAAUGCAAUAAUGGCAUUUGCACUUGUCUACCUGAAUACUUUGGCGACCCAUACGCUGGCUGUCGACCAGAAUGCGUACUCAGUACAGACUGCUCAUUUGACAAGGCAUGCAUACGAAACAGAUGUAUUGAUCCUUGUCCAGGUACUUGCGGACAAAACAGUUUAUGCAACGUGAUAAAUCACACGCCUAUGUGCAGUUGUCCCUCUGGUACCUCUGGAAACGCAUUCAUUUCUUGCGAUGUAAUGAGAGUUCCACCCGUGACAAGACCAUGCACCCCGAAUCCUUGCGGUCCAAACAGCAUAUGUCGAGAAUUAAAUGAGCAAGCCGUGUGCACUUGUGCGCCAGAAUUCCUUGGGUCGCCGCCUCUCUGUCGACCCGAAUGUACCCUCAGCUCCGACUGUCGGCCGAACGAAGCUUGCGCUAAUCAGAAAUGCAAAGAUCCUUGCCCCGGUACAUGCGGCAUCCAAGCGAGAUGCGUAGUCGUCAAUCACAACCCUGUUUGCUCGUGCCCCGAGCGCUACACUGGCGAUCCGUUUAUCAGAUGCGAUAUUAUGAAAUCGGUAGCACCUGUAAUAGUAAAUCCUUGUCAGCCUUCGCCCUGCGGGCCGUACGCUCAGUGCCAGGUCAUUAACAAUUUACCAUCCUGCUCGUGCCUACCCGAAUACAGAGGCUCGCCCCCGUAUUGUCGACCCGAAUGUAUUUCCAAUCCUGAGUGUCCCAGCCAUCAAAGUUGCGUGCGGCAAAAGUGCAGGGACCCCUGCCCAGGUUUAUGCGGGGAAAAUGCGGAAUGCCACGUGGUACAACACGUGCCCCAUUGCGUCUGUUCCUACGGUCUCACCGGUGAUCCGUACACGCGCUGUUCUGCGAUACCACGCCCAAUAGAACUGGAACCGGAACCAUCACCCUGCUCGAACUUCGAAUGUGGCGCGAAUGCAAUAUGUAGAGAGCGAGACAAUGUCGCAAUUUGUCAGUGUGUCUCUAGCUAUAUCGGUAAUCCGUACCUAGCGUGUCGACCCGAAUGCAUUAUUAAUCCUGAUUGUCCAUCCAAUUUGAUGUGCGUAAGAAACAAGUGUGCCAACCCCUGUGCAGGCAUGUGCGGCCGAAACGCCGAGUGUUCGGUUGUCAAUCAUCAACCGAUGUGCACAUGUCUCCCCGGAUAUACCGGAGAUCCCUUCAUUUCUUGUUCCGUAGAUAAAAUAAUCUCAGAUGAAAACGUUUGCGCCCCGUCACCCUGUGGACCCAACAGCAAAUGCAAAGAAGUGUCCGGACAGGCUGUUUGUUCAUGUCUCCCGACGUACGUUGGAACCCCACCUGCAUGUAGACCUGAAUGUGUCGCUAGUUCAGAGUGUUCCCCGCAAUUAGUGUGCAAGGACUACAAAUGCGUGAACCCCUGCCCAAGCCCAUGCGGACUCAAUACCAAUUGUGCGGUCGUUAAUCACAGCCCAAUCUGCAGUUGUAUGUCCGGUUACAGUGGAGAUCCAUUCACCAUAUGCUCGUUAAUUCCACCUAUAACGCCACCACCGGUACAGAAAGACCCCUGCGUACCAUCCCCGUGCGGUAGUUUCUCCCAAUGCAGAAAUAUCGGUGGCUCUCCCGCGUGUACCUGCCUGGAAAAUUAUAUGGGCCAACCGCCCAAUUGCAGGCCCGAAUGUACCAUACACUCGGAAUGUUCGAGUGAUAAGGCCUGUAUUAACAUGAAGUGUGCGGAUCCAUGCCCCGGCUCGUGCGGUACCAAUGCCUUGUGUUCGGUUGUUAAUCACAUUCCCACGUGCAGAUGUCCCGAGGGAUACACCGGAAAUACAUUUGUCUUUUGCGAGAUAUUGCCACCGACACCGAUUCCAUCCCCAGUCGAAGAUGCCUGCGUCCCGUCACCCUGUGGCCCUAACGCGCAAUGCUUUGACGGUAUCUGUACUUGCUUACCGGAAUUCCGAGGAGAUCCGAACGUAGGUUGCCGACCGGAGUGUGUCCUAAACGCAGAUUGUCCCCGCGAUAGAGCGUGCAUACGUAACAAAUGUUUGGACCCAUGCCCCGGAGCUUGCGCCAUUAACGCAUUAUGCACUGUGAUCGCUCACGUUCCCAUGUGCAGUUGCCCUGGAAAUAUGACCGGCAAUGCAUUCAGCCAAUGCACACCUCUACAAGACAUACCACCCGCUAAUCCAUGCGCCCCUUCACCCUGCGGACCGAAUAGCGAAUGUCGCGUUAUAAACAAUCAGGCGGUCUGCUCCUGUAUAAGAGGAUAUUUAGGUAGCCCUCCGACCUGCAGACCCGAGUGCAUAGUCAGCACGGAUUGCCUCCAGAAUGAGGCCUGUAGCAAUCAGAAGUGUACGAAUCCUUGUCCCGGAAGUUGCGGAUUAGGCGCAUCUUGUCAAGUAGUGAAUCAUAAUCCGAUUUGCGUUUGCCCACCUUCUCAAACGGGUGAUCCUUUUAUUAGAUGCUAUUUAGCACCACCUCAAACACCUGUAUUACCUCCCACGCCAUGUAAGCCAAAUCCGUGCGGUCCCAAUUCGCAAUGCCAGCCGCGCGGCGACGAAUCUGUGUGCACGUGUUCACCCGAUUUCAUCGGCAGUCCGCCCAAUUGUAGAGCGGAGUGCGUCAGUAAUAGCGAAUGCUCUAAUCACCUAGCCUGUAUUAAUAAGAAAUGUCAAGACCCGUGUGUUGGUUCCUGCGGUGCGAAUGCUAAUUGUCACGUUGUCAGUCACACCCCAAUGUGUUCUUGCAUAAAUGGUUACACCGGCGAUCCAUUCACGCAAUGUAUCUUUAGAGAGCCUACACCAUUGCCACCCGCACCAAUCGAUCCCUGCACUCCCUCUCCUUGCGGCUCUAAUGCAGUGUGCAAGGAAUUCAACGGUGCCGGUUCGUGUACGUGCUUGCCGAAUUACACCGGCAACCCGUACGAAGGAUGUAGGCCAGAAUGUGUCCUAAAUUCGGAUUGCCCUGCCAACUUGGCUUGUAUAAAUACGAAAUGUAGAGAUCCGUGCCCGGGAUCGUGCGGGCGCAAUGCGUUAUGUCAGGUGGUUAACCAUUUGCCAGUAUGCAACUGUUAUCCUAGAUAUACCGGCGAUGCCUUCUUAUAUUGCGCUCCGAUAGAAAUAGAAGGAGCUAGUGCCGUCAGUAAUCCUUGCGAACCAUCACCCUGUGGACCCAACAGCUUGUGUCGCGUUGUGGAUAAUACGAGCGUCUGUACUUGUUUACCUGACUUCCAAUGGGUGGCCAGCCCACCAAAUUGUCGCCCUGAGUGCACUGUCAGUGCCGAGUGUGCUUUUAAUCUAGCAUGCAUCUCAUAUAAAUGUAGCGACCCUUGUCGUACAUUAUGCGGUUCUAAUGCAAGAUGCGAAACCAUCAAUCAUAAUCCUAUAUGCUCGUGCCCACCUAAUUUAACUGGUGAUCCAUUCGUUGCCUGCUUUGAAAUGCCACCGAAAGAUGAAGUUCGUCCACUUGUGAAUCCUUGCGCACCUUCACCUUGCGGACCUUAUUCAGAAUGUCGUGACAUUAACGGCCAAGCAUCCUGCGCUUGUUUAUCAACAUAUAUAGGAACACCACCCAAUUGCAGGCCCGAAUGUUCAGUUAAUCCAGAAUGCCCAACUAAUCAAGCGUGUAUACAGAGAAAGUGUCGAAAUCCUUGCGAUGGAGUUUGUGGAGUAGGAGCAAUUUGUAAUGUCAUUCGUCACACACCCACAUGUUCUUGUCCCAGUGGAUUCACUGGGGAUCCAUUUGUAGUGUGUAGACUAAUUCCAGAGGAAGAAAUUCCGGCACUCAAACCAGUAGAUCCAUGCUUAAAUUGCGGCGCGAAUACGCAAUGCUUUAACGGUAUAUGCACCUGUCUCCCCGAGUAUCAAGGGAAUCCAAAUUUCGGAUGCCGUCCAGAAUGUAUCCUGAAUUCGGAUUGUUCGAGAGACCGAGCUUGCAUUAAGAGCAAGUGUCAAGAUCCGUGCGGUCUUGGAAUUUGCGGUGUCAAUGCCUUGUGUUCCGUUGUAAAUCACGUACCAGUCUGCACUUGUCCGCAGAGAAUGUCUGGCAACGCGUUUGUGCAGUGCUCCCUAAUAGAAGACACGAUACCAAAAGACCCGUGUAACCCAACACCCUGCGGACCGAAUAGUCAGUGUCGAAAGGUAAAGAAUCAGGCUGUCUGCUCGUGUCUCCCUGGAUAUUUGGACGCACCGCCUAAUUGCCGAGCCGAAUGCAUUAUUAGUUCCGAUUGUCUUGCCAACAUGGCUUGUAAUAAUCAAAAAUGCAUAGACCCCUGCCCUGGAACAUGCGGCAUCAGAGCCCAAUGCACCGUGGUCAAUCAUAAUCCGAUUUGUUCUUGUCCUUCCGAGUUGACCGGCGAUCCCUUCACUCAGUGCAUUCCGAGACCGGCAGAGCCUCCAACGCCCAUUAAUCCAUGCGUUCCAUCUCCGUGUGGACUUAACAGUAAAUGCGAAGUUGUAAACAAUGCAUACUCCUGCUCUUGUUUGCCAGAGUUUAUUGGCGAUCCGCCGAAUUGUAGACCUGAAUGCGUUAGCAAUAGUGAGUGUUCCACGCAGCUAGCGUGCAUCAAUCAGAAAUGCCGCGAUCCGUGUCCAGGCUCCUGCGGCAUUAAUUCUGAUUGCCGAGUAAUAAGUCAUACACCUAUGUGCAUUUGCCUUGCUGGAUUUGAAGGAGAUCCAUUUAUAUUAUGCAACCCCAAGCAAAACGAAGUUAUAAAUGUUAUAAAACCAACACCCUGUAUUCCGUCACCGUGCGGCUUUAAUGCGGUAUGUCGUGAAUCGAACGGUGUCGGUUCUUGUACGUGUCUAUCAGAUUAUACAGGCAAUCCAUACGAAGGCUGUCGACCCGAAUGUACGAUAAACUCCGAUUGCACCGCGGAUCGAGCGUGCGUUGGAUCGAAAUGUCAAAAUCCUUGUCCAGGUUUCUGCGGAUAUAAUGCAAUUUGCCAAGUAGUAAAUCACGUGCCGUUAUGCACAUGUCAACCUGGAUACAGCGGUAACCCGUUCGUCUCUUGUAACAGAAUUAUACAAGAAACGACGGUAGAACGUAAUCCAUGCAGUCCUUCGCCAUGUGGACUUAAUAGUCAGUGCCGCGAAUUAAACGGUCAAGCGGUGUGCUCUUGCUUACCUACAUUUAUCGGAACCCCGCCGAACUGUCGCGCGGAGUGUACAGUCAGCUCCGAUUGUUCCGUAAAUCGUGCCUGCAAGAAUCGUAAAUGCGUUGAUCCAUGCCCCGGAAUUUGUGGUAUCAACGCAAGAUGCGAAGUGAUUAAUCAUAGCCCGAUUUGUAGUUGUAACCAAGGUUUUACCGGCGAUCCUUUCGUAACGUGCUUCCAAACGCAAAUAGACAUAUAUACCCCUCAAACGCCAGAAAAUCCAUGCGUUCCAUCUCCUUGCGGUCCAUUUGCCACUUGCCGCGAUAGCGGCUACGCGGGCGUGCCGACGUGCACGUGUCUGGAAAAUUACAUUGGUAGCCCUCCGAACUGUCGGCCAGAAUGCACCGUUGAUUCUGAGUGCAGCAACGAUCGAGCCUGUUUGAGACAAAAAUGCAGAGACCCAUGCCCGGGCUCGUGUGGUAUCGGUGCUCAGUGCCUUGUGGUUAAUCACAUGGCCGUUUGUCUCUGCCCAACAGGUUACACCGGAGAUGCAUUUGCUAAUUGCUUCCCAGAACCUCCUCCUGCACCUAUACCACAAGACCCUUGUAAUCCAUCCCCGUGCGGAGCCAAUGCGAUAUGUCGCGACGGUGUCUGUACUUGUCUGCCCGAAUAUCGCGGUGAUCCUUACACUUCGUGUCGACCCGAGUGUGUACAAAAUCCGGAUUGUCCAUUAGACAAGGCGUGUGUUCGCAAUAAGUGCUCUGAUCCAUGCAUUGGAGUUUGCGGGCAAAACGCAAAAUGCACAGUCAUAAAUCACACUCCAAUGUGCGCCUGCCCAGAAGGGAUGUCCGGCAAUGCGUUUGCGGCGUGUUAUCCGAUCAUUCAAGAUCAAACUGUCCAGAAUCCAUGUAACCCGUCACCCUGCGGUCCGAACAGUCGAUGUCAGAACUUUAACAAUCAAGCAGUAUGUACGUGCAUACCUGGAUUUAUAGGAAAUCCGCCUGUCUGCCGACCCGAGUGCAUAGUUAAUACUGAUUGUGCACUGAACGAGGCUUGCAUCAACAUGAAAUGUGGCAAUCCUUGCCUUGGUGCGUGCGGUAUAUCCGCUCGUUGCCAAGUGUUGAAUCAUAAUCCAAUUUGCACCUGUCCCCCUGUAUUCACCGGCGAUCCGUUCAUACGUUGCAUACCAAGACCGGAGGAUAUUCCAAAACCGAUAAACCCGUGUCAACCGUCACCUUGUGGCCCUAAUGCUCAAUGUCAAGUCAUCAAUAAUACUCCGUCAUGUUCUUGCAUGAGAGAGUUCAUUGGAACGCCACCGAACUGUAGACCGGAGUGUGUUAGUAAUAGCGAGUGCCCGAGCCAAAUGGCAUGUAUUAAUCGUAAAUGUAGAGACCCAUGUCCUGGAUCUUGUCAUCCUCUGGCUAAUUGCUAUGUCGUUAAUCAUGUGCCUACUUGCACGUGUCGUAUCGGUUACACAGGCGAUCCGUUCGUUCAAUGCACGGUCAUGCCCAGCGAACCUCCGACACCGAGACAACCUUGUCAACCAUCCCCUUGUGGAACAAACGCCGUAUGUAGAGAACAAAAUGGCAUUGGUUCUUGUACAUGCUUGCCCGAGUAUAUUGGAAAUCCCUACGAAGGAUGCCGUCCCGAAUGUACCAUUUCGUCAGACUGUCCCGCACAUUUAGCGUGCAUUGGAUCAAAGUGUCAGAAUCCAUGUCCCGGUUCAUGCGGCACCAAUACCAAUUGUCAAGUUGUCAACAAUGUCCCCGUUUGCACUUGUAUCCCUGGUUACACGGGCAAUCCGUAUACAAACUGCAUUUAUCAGACUUUCAGCAUUCCCGAUGAAAAGCGUGAACCAUGCAAACCUUCUCCAUGCGGCCCCAAUAGUCAAUGCACCGAUAAUAACGGUCAAGCUGUCUGUUCCUGCUUGCCUCAGUUUAUCGGAACUCCGCCAAAUUGUAGACCAGAAUGCUUAGUAAAUUCUGAAUGCGGAUCGACCCGAGCAUGCGUGAAUCAAAAAUGUGUAGAUCCAUGUAUCGGCACCUGUGGUCGUGAUGCUCAAUGCAAAGUCAUACAUCACAGCCCGAUUUGUAUUUGCGCAAAUGGCUUUACGGGUGAUCCCUUCAUUUAUUGCUUCGCCGUGCCAAUCUCGAAACCAGAAGAUAAAUAUCCGAGGGACCCAUGCUUACCCUCACCUUGCGGACCCAAUGCCCUAUGCAGAGCCAUUGGCGAUGCACCAGCGUGCAGUUGCAUGCAAAAUUACAUGGGUGUUCCACCUAACUGUCGACCCGAGUGCUCAAUAAAUUCGGAUUGUCCUGCUAAUAGAGCUUGUAUCAGGGAAAAAUGUCGAGAUCCUUGUCCAGGAUCAUGUGGCCUCUUGGCACGCUGUUCGGUGAUUAAUCAUACGCCAUCCUGCGUAUGUCCGGAAGGAUAUACCGGUGAUCCCUUCAUCGGUUGCAACGUUUUACCUCAGUUACCUCCGUUACCCCUACCUCCUCCAGACCGAUGCAACCCAUCACCGUGCGGUCAGAACACUAGAUGCAACAACGGAAUUUGCACAUGCAUACCAGAAUACUUUGGUGAUCCGUACGUCGGUUGCCGACCAGAAUGUGUGAUUAACACCGAUUGUUCCCGCGAUAAGGCAUGCAUGCUGCACAAAUGUCGCGAUCCGUGUGUCGGGACGUGCGGCUUUAACGCGGAAUGCAUUGUUGUUAAUCAUUUGCCCAUGUGUAGUUGCCCAAGAAAUAUGACCGGUAGCGCAUUCGUUUUGUGCACCCCUCUUCAAGAUACGAUCAUCGUGGAACAACCGUGCAAUCCGUCCCCCUGCGGUCCGAACAGUCACUGUCGCGUGUCAAAUGGUCAAGCCAUUUGCGCGUGUAUCGCCGGAUUUAGAGGCGCCCCGCCGUCCUGUAGACCGGAAUGCCUCAUAAGCGCUGACUGCGCCCGCAAUAGAGCCUGCAGCAAUCAAAAAUGCAUUGAUCCAUGCCUCGGUGCAUGUGGAUUAACCGCACAAUGUACCGUCGUGAAUCACAAUCCCAUAUGCAAUUGCCCGCCUUUGUACACGGGAGAUCCAUUCGUUCAAUGCAUUCGACAACCGGAAGAACCACAGCCACCGAUAGACCCCUGUCAACCCUCACCUUGCGGCCCGAAUGCAAUAUGUCGAGUCCUCAACGGCGCCCCGUCGUGUUCGUGCUUGCCCCAAUUUAUCGGCACUCCGCCUAGAUGUAGACCGGAGUGUAUUAGUAAUAGCGAAUGCCCUAGUCAACAAGCUUGCAUUAAUCAAAAGUGCCGCGAUCCUUGUCCGGGAUCGUGCGGUAGGAAUGCUGAAUGUAGAACUGUUAGUCACACCCCGAUGUGCAUUUGCGCCGGUGGCUUUACCGGUGAUCCAUUUAUCCAGUGCAAUCCCCGACCGAUUGACAUACCGCUUGUUCCACUAAAUCCAUGUCAGCCGUCGCCAUGUGGCGCGAACGCUAUGUGCCGUGAAAUUUCUGGCUCAGCUUCCUGCACUUGUCUGCCCGAUUUCUACGGAAAUCCGUAUGAGGGUUGUAGACCCGAGUGCGUAAUUAACUCCGACUGUACGUCCAAUCGAGCUUGCAUAAGAAACAAAUGUCAGGACCCUUGCCCAGGAACAUGCGGUGUCAAUGCGAUUUGCGAAGUCAUCAAUCACAUACCGGCGUGCAGCUGUCAACCACGAUAUACCGGAGACCCGUUCAGAUAUUGCGAAUUUAUGCAAGAAACUCCUCCGGUGCCUGUAGGCGACCCUUGCCAGCCAUCCCCGUGCGGUCCGAAUAGUCGAUGCCUCAAUGUAAACGGAAAAGCCAGCUGUUCGUGCCUGUCUACCUAUCAAGGAAUUCCUCCCGACUGCAAACCCGAAUGUGUCGUUAGCACAGAAUGUCCUAUGAAUCGCGCGUGUGUCAAUCAGAAAUGCGUCGAUCCAUGCCCAGGCGUAUGCGGUAUCAACGCCAAGUGCGACGCCUUGUCCCACAGUCCAUUCUGUAGUUGCGGACCCAGUCAGAUUGGAGAUCCCUUCGUCAAGUGUUUCGAUAUGCCCCUGAUGCCCACACCAACGGUACAAGUAAAUCCUUGCGUUCCAUCGCCCUGCGGACCUUUUUCCACUUGUCAAGACAGGGGAGGCUAUCCGUCUUGCAUGUGUAUGCCCAAUUACAUUGGAUCGCCACCUUAUUGCCGCGCCGAAUGUUCAAUUAACUCUGAUUGCACCAGCAAUAAAGCCUGCAUCAGAGAAAAAUGCAGAGACCCCUGUCCUGGAUCCUGUGGUUUUAAUGCCUUGUGCACUGUAAUCAACCAUACCCCGGUUUGCACGUGUCCCGAUAGAUACACAGGCGAUCCUUUCAGCAACUGUUAUCAGGCACCCAUGCACAUUCCUACAGUAACGUCAGACCCAUGUAACCCAUCGCCAUGCGGGCUUAAUGCCGAGUGCCAUAACGGAAUCUGCAAUUGUAUACCUGAAUAUCGUGGUGAUCCGUAUCGGGAAUGUCGGCCGGAGUGCGUGCAGAAUUCCGACUGUCCGUUCGAUAGAGCUUGCGCAAAUAACAAGUGCGUGGAUCCCUGCGUCGGAAUUUGCGGCCAGAAUGCGGAAUGCGCGGUCAUCAAUCACGUGUCCACCUGUAGCUGCAUCAAGAAUUACGAAGGCGAUCCGUUCACCCUUUGUAAACGUGUACAACCACGCGUCAAACCCUGCGAGCCCUCCUCCUGCGGACCCAACAGCGUUUGCCGUGAAUUCGGCGAACAAGCCUCCUGUUCUUGCCUACCUGGUUACUUUGGAAUCCCGCCAAGCUGCAGACCCGAGUGUCUCGUUAGCACCGAUUGCGAGCAGAGCAAGGCUUGCGUGAACAUGAGAUGUCGCAAUCCCUGUGAAAAUGCUUGUGGCCAGAACGCGCUAUGCGUCGUACGAAAUCACAAUCCAAUUUGCAGGUGCCCUGUUCAGCAUUCCGGUGACCCGUUUGUCAAUUGUUUCCCCAUAACAACACCAGCCGUAGAACCCACCAGGGACCCGUGUUACCCCUCACCGUGUGGAUUGAACUCGCAGUGCGCGGUAUCCGCCGAUAAUACACCCUCCUGCUCCUGUUUGCCCACCUUUAUAGGAUCUCCACCCAAUUGUAGACCCGAAUGCCAUGUAAACAGCGAAUGUCCCACCAAUCGAGCAUGCAUUAAGCAGAAAUGUACCGACCCAUGCGUUGGAUUGUGCGGAUUCAAUGCACUGUGCCAAGUCACUUUGCACCAAGCCCGAUGCACCUGUCCCGAAUCAUACACUGGAGACCCAUUCACAGUUUGCUCUGAGAUAAUAUCGACUCCAACACCGCUGGUACCGUCUAGACCGUGCAGCCCUUCACCAUGUGGAAUAAACGCGUACUGCCACGAGAGAUUCGACACGGCCAUUUGCGAAUGCGUACCGAACUACAGAGGCAAUCCGUAUCAAGGCUGUCAACCCGAGUGUCUUGUGAAUACUGACUGUCCGAAAUCGCAAGCGUGCAUAAAGACGAGAUGUCAAGAUCCUUGCCCUGGUACUUGCGGCGUUGGUGCGAUCUGCACUGUAUCCAAUCACGUCCCCAUUUGUUCCUGCCCGUUGCCAACGAUCGGAGAUGCUUUCACGAUCUGCCAAGUCCCUAUUGAAGAUACUAAGGAAACGGAUCCGUGCUAUCCAUCACCGUGCGGUCCGAACACCGUCUGCGAGAAAAUUGGUAACAAGGCAAUUUGCAAAUGUUUGCCUGGGCUGCAAGGCGUUCCAACGAGUGUAACUGGUUGUCAUCCGGAGUGCGUCCUCAGCUCGGAUUGUCCGGGCGACAAAGCUUGCAUACAGAGCAAAUGCAAAGAUCCCUGUUCUCAGAAUGUGUGCGGCAGCAAGGCGGUGUGUAAAACAAUCAAUCACAGCCCACUUUGCAGCUGCCCGUCUCCGUUGAUUGGCAAUCCCUUCGAGGAAUGUUAUACAAAGAUCGAAACCAAUCCUUGCAGUCCCUCUCCUUGCAAUUACAACGGCGAGUGUAGAGUGAGAAAUGGCGUUGCAGUUUGCAUUUAUCCUGAAUGCGUUAUCAAUACAGACUGUCCGCGUGAUAAAGCUUGCUUCUCGCAGAAAUGCAGAGAUCCCUGCAUCGGCGCGUGCGGUAUCAAUUCUAUCUGUCAAACCGUUAAUCACAAACCAAUUUGUUCCUGCCCUGUUGGAUUUACAGGCAAUGCGCGAGUGCAGUGCACAAUUCCAACCCUUGAAGCAAUCCCAGAAUGCACACAAAAUUCCGAGUGCUCAAACGACAAGACCUGUUUCAAUCAAAAGUGCGUUGACCCGUGUAUUCUCGAUUCUUGUGGCUUUAAUAGUCGAUGCCAUGUGCAAAUGCACAGAGCUAUAUGUGUCUGCAACGAUGGCUACACCGGAUAUCCUCAGCAAUAUUGCCAUCAACUUGGUUGCCGUAGCGAUAACGAAUGCUCAUUAAUUCAAUCUUGUAUUAACAACGAGUGUGUUGAUACCUGUCUGGUUACACAAUGCGGUAUUAACGCAUUGUGUACCGCUGACGGAUAUCAUAAAACUCGAUGUUAUUGUCCUGAUGGAUAUACGGGCAAUCCUUACGAAAUAUGCGAAAGGCCUGAGUGCACUAGCGACAACGAUUGCGCUCCAUCUUUUGCCUGCCGCAACUUGAGAUGCGUCAAUCCUUGCAACUGUCCACCACCGGCAUUGUGCAAUGUCGUCAAUCACCGAGCAGUAUGUAAAUGUCCGCCUGGUUACGUGGGUAAUCCUUACACCUCGUGUCUCAUGGAUCUAUUAGAACCAGAGACCGGAUGCCAAGUCGAUGCCGAUUGUCCUAGUAAACUGGCAUGUUUCAGUGGUAUUUGUAAAGAUCCAUGCGCAGAAAUGAAACCAUGCAUCGUUAGUGCCAAAUGUAGCGUUGUAGAUACCUUACCAAUGAGAACAAUGAUCUGCGAAUGUCUGCCAAACUUUGCUGGCGACGCCACCGUUGCUUGCGUGCCAGUGGACAAACAAAUUGCUGCGAUAUGCGAGAGUGAUUCUCAGUGUACACCGGACAUGGCUUGCCUAAAUCGUCAGUGCAUCAAUCCGUGCACCGUUAAUCCAUGUUCACCAAAUGCAGAGUGUCAUAUAGAAAAUCAUCGUCGUAUAUGUCAGUGUCCCCACGGAUACGUCGGUGAUCCAUUCAUAAAUUGCUACGAAGAAAAUAUAGUUCUUCCGGAAUGUAGAACAAACACCGAAUGUCCGUCCGACAAAGCGUGCAUAAAUCAAUUGUGCCAAGAUCCGUGCUCUAGCAAUCGCUGUGGCCUAAACUCAGAAUGCAUCACAAUCAAUCAUCAUCCUUCUUGUCAUUGCCAACACGGUUUCGCUGGUGACCCACAAGCUCAAUGCUUCAGACCGGAAUGUAAGACAGACAACGACUGUCCUUAUGAUAAGACCUGCCGGAACGACAAUUGUGUCACUCCGUGUCUCAUCGGUGAUGUCGUGUGCGGUCGGGGUGCGGAAUGCAGAGCGGUUUCUCACAGAGCCCAAUGCAUCUGCCCGCAAGGUACUCAAGGCGAUCCACGUGUGGCGUGCAUUUCCGCGAUCUGCCAUUACAACGAAGAUUGCGCUGAUCACGAGGCCUGCGACAGAUUGAAUAGAGUUUGCAGGCCGGUUUGCGAUGACGAUGCCUGUGGCGAGGCCGCGAUUUGCGUCGCGCGCGAACAUCAGCCGAAGUGCACGUGUCCUCCGGGUACUACCGGAAAUCCGUAUAUAACAUGCGUUGGUGAACCUUCCAUUGAGCCGGAAUGCAUACAGGAUAGCGAUUGCCCAUUGAAUCUCGCUUGUAUUAACAACAAAUGUCAAGACCCGUGCGUGUCUGCUGGUAUGUGUACCAGUGAACAGGAGUGCAGAGUCCUGAACACAGAACCGCUUCGUACGAUGAUCUGCUUGUGUCCACCGAAUACAAUCACUGAUAUUAACGGCCAGUGCAAGCAGAUUGUGUUGGUCGACGUACAAUGUCAUUUAGAUCAAGAUUGCGCCAAUCACGAGACGUGUCUGGACGGAAAAUGCGUAGAUGCCUGUUUGACAACUCAGUGCGGUUUUAACGCGCAAUGCAAAUCCACAUCUCACACUGGUAUCUGCUUCUGUUCUCAGGACUUUACCGGCAAUGCUUAUAUAGAAUGCAUAAGAGUUCCAGUCGCUCCAUUGCCAGGACCUCGACCAGAAUGUUAUACGAACAGCGAAUGUGCGCGCGACAAGCAAUGCAUAAAUUCGCUCUGCGUAAAUCCGUGUGUCGCUGGCGAUCCUUGCGGCAGGAACUCUUUGUGCCAUGUCGACAAUCAUAAUCCGGUCUGCAGGUGCCCGAUUGGUUACAUCGGCGAUCCUACAACCAAGUGCAUACCACCGGAGAUCACGCCCGAGUGUGUAUCGAACAGCGAGUGUGCAGGAAAUUAUGCGUGCGUCAACAGCGCCUGCAUUAAUCCCUGCAACUGUGGACCCAACGCCAAGUGCAAUGUCGUAAAUCAUUAUCCUUCCUGUGUGUGUCCUCCAGGCUAUUCUGGAAAUCCUCAGUUAGGAUGUUUCAAGCUCGAUUGCGAAUCUGACAGCGAGUGCGACUACGCAGCCACCUGUUACAACGGACAAUGCGUGAACCCUUGCAUCUUGGACAACAAAUGCGCCAUCAACGCAGAAUGCUACGGCAAGAAUCAUCGGUCGGCCUGUCGUUGUGGUUCGGGUUACUACGGCAAUCCGCAGAUUCAUUGCGAGAGAGUCGAGUGUAAUACCGACCACGAUUGCCCCCAUAAUCUGGCUUGCAACGAGGGCCGCUGCGUAAACCCAUGCGCCGAGAAUUCACCCUGCGCGCAGAACGCGGUUUGCUACGUCCAGGAUCACGUUGCGUCCUGCCGCUGCCCCGAAAACAUUCCAUUGGGAAAUCCAUUCUCUUAUUGCGAACGACAUGCCAUAGAAGAGAUUGAGGAGCCUGAAUGCAGAGUCGACAUCGAUUGUAUAGACAAGUUGGUGUGCAUCCGGGAGAAAUGCAUCGAUCCUUGUCCAGUCAUCAAGCCGUGUCUGGAAAACGCUCGUUGCGACGUUCUCGACACGGUACCUGUACGGACCAUGAUUUGCACAUGCCCGGAGGGUUGGAUCACCGAUGUUGAUGGUGUUUGCAGGCCAAUACAAUUGACGGUCAUUGGAACGUGUACGACGAACGACGAUUGCGGUGACCGCGAGGCGUGCAUCAACAGGCAAUGUCGCAACCCCUGUAACUGCGGUACCAACGCCGCUUGCUACGUGAAGAAUCACAAACCGAUUUGCUCGUGCGAGCAGGGCUACCAGGGAAAUCCCGAGAUUGCCUGUCACUCCGUCGAGUGUCGGCACGACACUCAAUGCACGCUCGAUAAGACCUGCGAGAAUAACAAUUGCGUGAACCCGUGCUUGGUCACGGACCCGUGCGGCACCAACGCCGAGUGCUUCCCGAGCAACCACGUGGCAGACUGCCGCUGCCGCAAGGGCUAUCAUGGCAAUCCCUUGGAUCGCUGCCGCGUGAUCGGCUGCUACAGCAACGGCGACUGUCCGGGCGAUCACUCGUGCAUCAACAUGCAAUGCAUCGAUCCCUGCGUCCAUGACAAUCCCUGCUCGCCUCGCGCGGAAUGCAGGGUUCUGAACCACCUGCCGAUAUGCCGCUGCCCAUCGGGCUUCACCGGAAACCCGUACGUCAACUGCCAACCGGAAGUCAGGCCCGAAUGCAGGGAGGACAGUGACUGUCCGGACUCACUCGCCUGUCUGAACAACAAAUGCCAGAUUCCUUGCCCGAUCAUACAACCGUGCACCGAGCCGUCUGAGUGUCGGGUAUUGCCAACGCAUCCGAUACGCACCAUGGUAUGCGUGUGCCCUAGCGGAUACGUUAGCAGCGGCAGCGGUACUUGUCGGGCUACUAAACCGAUCCUGAAAAUCGAGUGCACCAAGGAUGACGAUUGCCCCUCGGAACGGUCCUGCGUGAACGCGAUCUGCAGGGACCCCUGCGCGUGCGGGCCUAACGCGGUUUGCAAUGUCAUCAAUCACAAGCCGAUUUGCUCGUGCACGCUGGGAUACGACGGAAAUCCGGAUAUUCUUUGUACAAGAGUUGCAGGAUGCAGAUCGGACAGCGAUUGCAGCGGUUCACACGCGUGUGUCCAGCGCAACUGCGUGCCGGCAUGCUCGCCGUUUUUGGCUUCCUGCGGCAAGAACGCCGUAUGCCACGGUAUUCAUCACAAAGCUAUCUGCGAGUGUCCACCAGGUUUUGGUGGCAAUCCGCGGGUCUCCUGUGUCCUGUUAGGAUGCAGAACCAACUCGGAUUGCCCUACCAAUAAGGCUUGCAUCAACAACCGCUGUGAAAAUCCCUGUGUACAGAACCCGUGCACCGGCAACAUGGAUUGCAGCGUUUACAACCACGUUGUGGAAUGCGCGUGUCCGCCUGGCUACGUUGGCGACGUUAAAUCAGGAUGUAUUAAGGUUAAGGAAAAGUGUAAGGCGGACAAUGAGUGUCCAUCUCAAACCGCGUGCUUCAACGGACAAUGCAUCAAUCCAUGCACCAAGAUCGCACCGUGCGGUAUUAACGCCGAGUGCAAAGUUCUGGACACCAGUCCAAUCAGGACCAUGAUAUGCGAAUGUCUGCCAGGAUACCGUGGAAACGCGAUUGUCCGCUGCGAUUCAGUUCCAGCGGAAGCGUGCCCGAUCGGGAAAGGUCAGAUUCGCGAUGAAUACGGCAACUGCGUCUGCCCACUUGGAUUCGGUAAGGACGUGAACGAUGUCUGCAUACCCUGUCGCAAGCAGUCUAACAUGGUGGUAAACGAGGAAGGCUACUGCGUGUGCGACUUAGAAAAGGGCUUCAGCAUAGAUGAAUACGGUCGUUGCGUGUGUCCGACGCGAUACGGAUACGGAAUAGACACCCACGGAUAUUGUAGACAGCUUGGUAUAAUCGAGUGCAGACGUAAUGACGACUGCGCCGACGACAGAUAUUGCGAUAAAAUCACCCAUACUUGCCAAGAUCCUUGCAAGAAGCAACAGUGUGGCGUGCAUGCGCUUUGCAACGCUACCAGACACCAAGCUGUCUGCAUCUGCGUCAAUGGCUACAUGGGCAAUCCAUACACCCAAUGCUACGACAGAAAGGAUGGCCGAACAGAUUUCCCCAGGCCAGAAAUGGAUGUGAGCUGCUUGUCGGAUGGAGUACAGGUCGUAAUACAUCUGCAAGAUCAAGACUUCGACGGGGUCUUGUACGUUAAAGGACGCAGCAAAGACGAACAAUGCAGACGAGUUGUAUCGAUACCGGCCGAAACUGAUCAUAAAACUGAAACGUUCAAAGUAGCAUUUGGCAAUUGCGGGCUUAUACAUGUGAAUGGACAAGCUAGCUUUGUGCUCGUUAUACAGAAACAUCCGAAAUUGAUGACUUACAAGGCACAGGCUUAUCAUAUUAAAUGUAUCUACCAGACUGGAGAACAGAACGUUACCCUCGGUUUUAACGUCUCCAUGUUGACGACUGCUGGAACAAUCGCUAAUACCGGACCACCUCCUAUAUGCGUAAUGAAAAUAGUUGCACAGAAUGGAAAUGAAAUUAACUCGGCCGAAAUCGGAGAUAAUUUAAUGCUGCAAGUGGAAGUUCAACCUUCAACUAUUUAUGGCGGAUUCGCGCGAAAUUGCGUCGCUAAAACUAUGGAAGAUAAUUUGGAGAAUGAGUACAUCGUAACGGACGAGAAUGGCUGCGCGACAGAUCCCACAAUAUUUGGAGAAUGGGAGCAAAAUCCCGACACUCAAUCUUUAAUGGCUAGUUUUAACGCAUUCAAGUUCCCCAGCAGCGACAAUAUAAGAUUCCAGUGCAAUAUACGCGUGUGCUUCGGACGCUGUCAACCUGUGAACUGUCGCGGUUAUAACGCCUUCGGCCGUCGCCGCAGAGACGUUGAUUCCGAGAUUAAUGACACAUCUCUAAGUGUAUCCGACGGAUUUGAAGGUCAACUUCGUGAAGAGAUAACCAUUCAGUCGAACUUAAUAUUCACUCUGGAAAGGAGAGAGGAGAGGUACACAGCAGAUCCAGCUGAAGCUCCUUCAGCACAAAGAGUGGAAGAUAUCUGUGUUUCUAUGGUCGGCUUUAUCAUAGCGUUAAUAAUUACGGCGCUUUUGGCACUGGUUGCCGUAGCUAUUGCUGUGUCAUGCUGGCUUAUGGCGUAUCGACGUCAGCCAAAGACUGCUGGACCACUGCCACACCCACCAGAGUUCCCAAACCCCUUGUUCACUACUGAAUCCGUAGCUGAACCUUCUCCUGACUAUCACCUAUCAUAAGUCCCUUAGAAUAAUAUUUUAUAAAUAACAUAAAUUUUUAUAAUUCUCGUGGAAUGCAUCUCAGACCAUUCGUCCUAUUGGUCGGUUUUGUAUUUCUGUAUACAACUCCUCCAGUGACUAUCACUUCGUCUUUUUGUACUCUCUUUCCAAGGGUUCAAACAUUAAGUCACUGUUAUACAUAUUACGCGAGUCAUGAUAUACAUAUACAUACUAUUUAUGGUGAAGGUUUGCUUCCAUUAUCUACUUGCGAGCAAAAACACGGGACUAUCUUUCCUUCGUGUAUCUUUCCUGUAUUAUUUUCUCUAGUCAGUGGAGGAUUUGUUAAAUGUAAUGCUGCGAAUUUAAUUCCUGUGUAAAGUCAACGAAUUAGUCUAAUAUAGCUUUCUUAUUACGAAAAUAGGUAAUUGUACAUUUUAUCUAAUAAAACGCUAACGAAAUAUUUUUAAAAA